AUGACAGAGCAAAACAUGCCUGACGGCCCAAAGGUUGAUCCUCCCGACCAAAGUGAAUCUGAUUUCCCUGCUCUCCAUGAUGCUUCUUCUCCUCUGCCAGACACAUCUCGUUCAUUGAAGCGUUCUCGGCUCCAUGAAGUCAUGGAGAAGGGUGCGGGUAAUAUUGGGUCGGAGUUGUCACCGAGGGCAGAGGGCCCGGAGAGGACGAGCUUCCAAGAUAUGCUGAAUCGGAACCGACCAUCACAUGUUGAACUGCUUGAAGAUGAGAGCAUGACUGAAGGGGAUGACGAUGUCAUAAUUGACCGCCAAGGGCCGGUACCGAAUAUCCGUUUGAAGUCGACCUUCAUUCAACCUUCAUUCAGGAUCCACAGGGGAGAGGUUGCGCCUGGUCAGAAACGAAAGGGUAACAUCCCCGGUAAUGGGUCGCGUUUUAGUAUCCUGGGAGUGGUUAAUGAUGCGGAGAUUUCACAUGAGCAGGUCUCUAAAUCGAGUGCUGCCAUUGAUUCGGAGAAGAGGCAGAAGGAGUUUUUGCCGGGAUCAACUGGAACUAAUACCAAAGGGAAUUAG